AUGGACGGCCAGAUCGAUGGAGCCGUGGUCGCUCCUCCCCGUUCAGAGCGCGACAUGCGUGCCAUUCGAAGAGGCAUGGGCAUACCCGUACCCAACUCACCCGAUCAAGAAUUCCUUACUGAGGGAAUGCGCCGUUCCAAGAGGAGGAUGGAAUCCGACACCGAGUUUGACGAGUACUCAAGCAGCGACCCAAAUGCGACUUCCGAUGAUGAGUAUCACACGUCCAAGAAACACCGAGUCGCCGGCCAAAGCAAUAGCACCGGCAGAGCAAACACUGGCCGUGUGCACAACAUGGUUCUACUUCAGGACAGCAAGUUCUCUGCUGACCGCACUGACAUGCGACUCUGGCACGAGCUUCGCUAUGUCAGGUCGCUGUGGUCACGAGAGAAGGAGGACAAGCUGCGCCAGGACUGUGCCGCCAUCACCGAUGGAGACGACAUCCAGUCCACCAGCAAUGCUGUUCUCUGGACUGCGGCCUUCGAUCGAUAUGGUGUCCCCCUCAGCGACAUCUUUACCUACGGAAUCCGACCACACCCCAGCAACCUCCGAUUCGCCAGGAAGAAGCUCUUGAGCCCCCAGUUCUGCGACCACCUGACCAGCGUCAUGGUCCACCCCAUCUUCCAGGGCGAUGCUGCUCUCCUUCGCUACGUCCUGCAGCUGAUCGUUCGCAUGCGCGUCGGCAUGCAUGUGCCGCCAAUCGGUACCAUGCCAGACAUGGACAACGCCACCUUGUGCCAGGUGGAUUUACUGGCCGAUACGCUUCUGUUGGAGGAGGACACCCCAGAGGAGCGGCUACUCGUCCACGCCGAUGCGUACCUGUUGAUCUCACAGAAGCAGGGAGCUAGAUUCCACCCUGACAUUGUCAUGCUCGAGGACCUACUCAUCGUCCACUUCUCCAACGAGGGAUACGAACACACUGCACCCCGGGACGACGCACCCUACUCUCGAUGUCUUUUCUACUUGCAGCUGUGGGACCUACAAUUCCUUCUCAAUGUCCUGGAUGGCCUUUCAUUCCGCACUUGCUACCUUCCCGUGGAUAGGUACAAGGCGAUGUGGAUCACCGACACCCCCAAGAUCCAAGAGUACAUUGCCAAGAAGCUGGACGGCCUGGUUCAGCAGUGGUUCCUCAGCGACGAGAGAAACUACAGGAUCCGCCAGAAUCUGAAGCAUGAAAACCGGGGGACGCGUCUGUACGACAUUGCCGAAGAGGACUUCAACCCUACCUACGCACGGUCCCAGUAUGUGACUCACAAGAUGCGGGCGGUGCUGGAGGGUGAGUACCUCGAGGCUCUUUGCCCUCCUCGUCCACUGGGAAUCCCCUUCACCCAGAGUCCUGUCACUGCCAGCUCCGCCGCCGAGAGCCCUGCCGUCCAGAGCCCCGUCAUCCAGAGCUCCAUCGCGCAGAGCCCCAUCGCGCAGGAUUCCAUCGCCGGAACCCCCGUCACUGAGACCCCCGUCGCGAAGAGUGAUGCUACCGGAAUCCCUGUGGAGAUAGAGGAAGAGCCUGGAAGUGGCUUCGAAGCAGUUCAGUUUCCGGUUAACCUGACUAGUUCGCCUCGGGACAUACCCAUUCGGAGAGUGGAGGAGAACACAUGCACGAACACCGCAGGCGCUGCUCUUGAUGACCAGCGGACCUCUCCAGAAGCCGAGGUCAAGUUGGAGGCUGAGAGCAGCCUUGAAGACAAGGUCGAUGGCAAGAACGGCGACGACGAUGGAGCCUACGACGGGGAUGCCGAUGAUUCUGAAGAUGAUGACGACCAAGUGCGCUCUCGUCGGAAGACCAGUCUUGUCUCGAUUCAAUCCAUCACAAGCUCCCAGUCAGAGGACGACCAGCGUGACAGCCCUUACAGACCUGGUCAGGGACGCUUUCCCCGUCGAGGCCUGCCUCCCUCUGAUCCCAAGUGA